AUGCGAUGGUGGCCGUCGUCCGUUUUGUCCUCUUGCUGCGGAGGAGACAAAGCGACAGCGAUAGAGAGAGCGAGCGAGGCGGCGGGCGAUCGAUCGAUCGAUCGAAUCCGAGGUCGUCGCCGAGAGAGAAACAAGAGUUCUUGAGGAGGGAGGAAGAUCGGUGUGAGUGUUUGGUUCGAUCCUGUCUCCGGCGAGUUCCUUUCGAGUUCAGAGGGCCCGAUCUUGUCGGACGAGUGCGGAUCGGAGGGUGUUGCCCGUUGAUUCUUCCGAUACCUUUAGAUCUCGCUGCACUAGGCGCUCAGACGAGCUCCGAAGUUAGAAGGAUCAGCCUCCAGAGUUGGAUUGUAGACUGUGAGUUGCAGACGACUCGUGCUUUGAUGAAUCACUUCAAUUCUAGUUGGUGACCUCACGUUGUAACAUGGAUUCUGGUGAUGGAGUUGAGAUGGAUUGUAAAGCACCCCCGGAGAAGGAACCCAAGGUUAAUGGGUUCGGUGCUCAUAUAAACAAGGAAAAUCAUGUUGAUAGUGACUCUGAAAUUGCAUCUAAGAUUGAAGUGCUUGAUUCUUCUGGAGGCAAGGAAGAAGUUUCUGUAUCCCCUAAGAACAAAACGCCAUAUUCUGCUAUGACUAAGGAAGGCCAGCCUAAGGCAAAAAGUCAAUUGAAGAUGACAUCAGAAGUUACUGGUGGCCGGAAUGGUUCUGCAGUUGAAGUUCCCAAAAAGGGGAAUAUUCUUAAGCAAAGUAUCUCAUUUCCUUCCAGAGGUUCUCGCGCAAAUAGCAUCCGAAAAUCUUCCAGUUCCGCUAGGCAGUCUACAGUUAUGCCAUCAAUUGCAGGUGCAAUAGGUAAUGUUGAUAUUAAGCAUUCUGCUUUGUCUGCUGAACCAAAUGCUCGGAAAAAGUUGAAUCAUAAGAUGAUUGACUCUGUGGAGGCAACUAAAAACGGAUCUGCUUCUGGAGCUGCAAAAUGGCAUUACAGGUCAAAUGAUCACAAAACAAUUCCCUUGACGCACACAUUGCCUACAAAAAAGGAUGAUGAUGCUAACUCAAUUGCCUCUUCAACACGUGCGAGACAAAGCAUUGGUUCUACUUUUAGCUUUAAGUUGGAUGAGCGCGCUGAGAAAAGAAAAGAGUUUUUCAUGAAACUUGAAGAGAAGAAUCAUGUGAGGGAGUUGGAAAAGAACAACUUACAGGAAAAAUCUAAGGAGAAUCAAGAGGCCGAGGUCAGAAAGCUGAGGAAGAGCUUGACAUUUAAAGCCACCCCACUGCCAAGCUUUUAUCAGGAACCUGGACCUCCUAAAGUUGCACUAAAGAAGAUCCCGAUCACACGCGCUAGGUCACCAAAACUUGGCCGUCGCAAGUCAAUUGUCACUACAUCUCAAGCUGGCAAUUCAAGUGAGAACUCCUGUGUAACCAUUAGCGCAAACAAACUGAAUGAAGGUAGUGGUGAGGCCAUAGGCAUCAAGGGGAAAUCGCUUACUUCAAAUAACCCAAAGCAGAAGACGAUUUCCAAGAUUUCCUCACAAAAUUCUAAAACAGUUAAGCCCUAUGCAAAAUCAUCUGACUCGGUUACAAAACCUUCAAAUCAAAAGCCCAAAAUACAGAAUUUCAAAGCUGAAACCAGCAGCAUCGCAAUUGAGAUAGCAACUCCUGGCGUCAAGGACCAAUUUGAGGAAGAUAAAAUAGUUGCUGAAGUAGCUGAGCUUGUCGUCGGACAUGAGGAAAUUGCGGCGCAAAGUUAAAAGACGUGAGCCUGUUUUUGAGUUGGGCAUAUACAAAUAGUCUUGAUGAUUUCUAUUGUCCUGAACAAGGUUGAUUGUCUUGUGAGACUAGAUUAUAAGUAUUGUUUGAUUUGUUUCCUCUUUUAGGGUUUGAUUUGGUAAUGGUUGUCUGUUAUGUCACCCAGUGAAGUAGACCGACUGUCAGGCCUUCUUUUGAUGUGUAAUGCAUCCUUGGGUUCCUUUUGCCA